GUAAAAGACAGACUGGUCUGAAGAGAGAAAGAAGGAUAAACAAAGAAGGAUUAUUUAAGACGGAGCCAGACUUCUCCAGUGUAGCGAUGGAGGGUGGAGGUGAGGCUCCCAUGAGCUCGUACAUCAUGGAUGAGGAGACACUGAAGAGGAAGCAGAGGGAGAAAUUAAAGAAGCUUCAGGCAACAGGAGGAAACCCUCGACCUGCUCGCUCGCUCCUCUUCCUCACACUGAAGAACCCGUUCCGUAAAGCCUGCAUCAGCAUUGUGGAGUGGAAGCCAUUUGAGAUCAUCAUUCUUCUAACCAUCUUUGCUAACUGUGUGGCUCUGGCUGUGUUCAUGCCAAUGCCAGAGGAGGACACGAACAACACCAACAGCAACCUGGAGAGUUUGGAGUACAUCUUCCUCAUAAUCUUCACACUGGAGUGUUUCCUGAAGAUUGUGGCGUAUGGACUGCUCUUCCAUGCUGAUGCAUAUUUACGAAACUGCUGGAACAUUCUGGACUUCGUCAUAGUGACCAUGGGUCUCUUCACUAUAGUAGUGGACUUCAUUAAUAAUAUCAGUGGUGUUGAGGCUCCAGUAGAACAGAAAGGUGGAGGGUUUGAUAUGAAAGCUCUCAGAGCAUUUAGGGUGCUGAGGCCUUUACGGCUAGUCUCAGGAGUCCCAAGCCUGCAGGUGGUGAUGAGCUCCAUUCUCAAGUCCAUGCUGCCACUUUUCCACAUCUCACUGCUUGUAUUCUUCAUGGUGACCAUCUAUGCCAUCAUUGGCCUCGAGCUGUUCAAAUGCAAGAUGCACAAAACCUGCCACUAUGAGGGAACUGAUAUCAUAGCCACAGUGGAGAAUGAAAAGCCCUCUCCGUGUGCUGAGGCAGGAAACGGGCGGCGCUGUGUUCUGAAUGGGACGCAGUGUAAACCAGGAUGGCCCGGACCCAAUAACGGCAUCACACACUUUGAUAAUCUGGGCUUCUCCAUGCUCACUGUGUAUCAGUGCAUCACCACUCAGGGCUGGACAGAUGUCCUCUACUGGGUGAAUGAUGCAAUCGGAAUGGAGUGGCCAUGGCUCUACUUCGUCAGUCUCAUUCUGCUGGGAUCAUUUUUUAUAUUAAACAUGGUGCUGGGAGUCCUGUGUGGUGAAUUCACCAAGGAGCGUGAGAAAAGCUCUCGGAGUGGAGAGUAUCAGCAGUUGCGUGAACGUCAGCAGCUAGAUGAAGAUCUGAAGGGUUACAUGGAGUGGAUCACUCAGGCUGAGAUCAUGGACCCUGACCAGGAGGGACAAGGUCUGCUGCCACUGCAGGAGAGAGGUUCAGAUACUGAGAGUCUGUACGAGUUGGAGGGUCUAAACAGACUCAUGUACUAUGUACGUCAUGCUCGUCGCUGGAAUCGGUUUUUCAGGAGAAAAUGCCACGUCUGGGUGAAAUCCAAGCUUUUCUACCGGCUCGUCUUUUUGCUGGUAUUCUUCAACACACUGGUCAUAGCCACGGAGCAUCAUCAACAGUCCAAGUCCCUCACUGACUUCCAAGAGAGUUCAAAUAAAGCCCUGCUGUCUCUGUUUGCGGUGGAGAUGGUGAUGAAGAUGUACGCUCUUGGCCUGCCGUCCUAUUUCAUGUCUCUGUUUAACCGAUUUGACUGUUUUGUCGUGUCUGUGGGGAUCCUGGAGCUCAUCUUGGUCCACAUGGGUGUAAUGUCCACUAUGGGCAUUUCAGUCAUGCGUUGCAUUCGCCUGCUGCGCCUCAUCAAAAUCACCAAGUACUGGACGUCUCUCAGUAAUCUGGUGGCUUCUCUGUUGAACUCGGUUCGCUCCAUCGCAUCUCUCCUGCUUCUCCUUUUUCUCUUCAUUGUCAUCUUCGCUCUGCUCGGCAUGCAGGUGUUCGGCGGAAAAUUCAACUUCCCUGACCAGAAGAUUAGACGGAGCAACUUUGACAAUUUCCCUCAGGCACUCAUCACCGUCUUCCAGAUCCUGACAGGGGAGGACUGGAACACUGUGAUGUAUGAUGGUAUCAUGGCUCAUGGAGGUCCUGUGAUGCCUGGCAUCCUUGUCAGCAUAUACUUCAUUGUUCUUUUCAUUUGUGGCAACUAUAUCCUGUUGAAUGUGUUCUUGGCCAUAGCAGUGGAUAACCUGGCCGAGGCUGAGAGUCUUACUUCUGCCCAGAAAGAAAAGGCAGAGGAAAAGAAGCGUAAAAAGAUGCUCAGAUCUAAAGCGUCUGAUAAAGGAGAUGAAGAUAAAGCGCUGGCUAAAAAACUUGCAGAACAGCGAGCAAAGACAGAGGGGAUUCCAACCACAGCAAGGCUGAAGGUGGAUGAGUUUGAGUCCAAUGUAAACGAGAUUAAAGACCCUUUCCCCCCAGCUGACUUUCCAGGUGAUGAUGAGGAGGAGGAGCCUGAGAUCCCCACCAGUCCGAGGCCUAGGCCCAUGGCUGAUCUGCAGCUGAAGGAGACGGUGGUGCCGAUGCCUGAGGCCAGCUCAUUCUUCAUCUUUGGGCCACAGAACAAGUUCAGGAAGCUGUGCCACCGCAUCAUCAACGCUACAACAUUUACCAACAUCAUUCUCCUCUUCAUCCUGCUGAGCAGCAUCUCUCUGGCAGCUGAGGACCCCAUUGACCCGCUGUCCUUCAGAAACCAGGUUUUGGCAUACGCAGACAUCGUCUUCACCUCUGUCUUCACAGCUGAGAUUGUGCUGAAGAUGACAACGUAUGGUGCUUUCUUACACAAAGGCUCCUUCUGCAGGAACUCCUUCAACAUUCUGGACCUGAUCGUAGUUGGAGUAUCACUGCUCUCCAUGGGGAUGGAGUCUAGUGCUAUCUCAGUAGUGAAGAUCCUGCGAGUGCUCAGAGUCCUGAGACCUUUACGAGCCAUAAACAGAGCAAAAGGACUGAAGCAUGUGGUUCAGUGUGUGUUUGUGGCCAUUAAGACAAUAGGGAACAUUGUCCUGGUCACCAUGCUGCUGGACUUCAUGUUUGCCUGCAUCGGAGUUCAGCUGUUCAGGGGUAAAUUUUACACCUGCACAGAUCCACUGAAGAUGACAGAAGCAGAGUGUAGGGGGACAUUUAUCUAUUACCAGGACAACGCUCUGCACGAGAUGGUGAUGCGCAAGAGGAAGUGGAUUAACAGUGACUUAAACUUUGAUAAUGUGCUGAAUGGCAUGCUGGCACUUUUCACUGCCUCCACUUUCGAGGGUUGGCCAAAGCUGCUGUAUAAAGCCAUUGAUUCCAAUAAGGAGGAUGUUGGCCCUGUGUACAAUAACCGAAUUGGGAUCUCCAUCUUCUUUAUUGUCUAUCUCAUCCUCAUCGCCUUCUUCAUGAUGAACAUUUUUGUUGGCUUUGUGAUCGUCACCUUCCAGGAGCAGGGGGAGCAGGAAUACAAGAACUGUGAGCUGGACAAGAACCAGCGCCAGUGUGUGCAGUACGCUCUGAAGGCCCGCCCACUCCGAUGCUACAUUCCCAAAAACCUAAAUCAGUAUAGAGUGUGGUACAUUGUGACUUCUUGCUACUUUGAGUACCUGAUGUUCCUUCUCAUCAUGCUAAACACCAUGUGCCUGGGGAUGCAGCACUGUAAUCAGUCGGAGCACAUCACUCACCUGUCUGAUAUGCUAAACGUCAUCUUCACUGUUCUCUUCACCGUCGAGAUGAUCCUUAAAGUUGGAGCCUUCAAAGCCAAGGGUUAUUUUGGAGACCCGUGGAAUGUGUUUGACUUUGUCAUUGUUGUUGGCAGCAUCGUUGAUGUCAUUCUGAGUGAGAUUAACGUAGGUUUUAAUCAUCAUCAUCAUCUUCACUGAUACAAAGCUGAUUUAAAUUCACAAUGACAACAACGCUGAAACACCCCCCCUCCCCCACAGGUGGCCCUGGCUGCACAGGGAGGUCUGUACUGUCUGACUGGCUGUGAGGAAGUGAACCCGAUGCAGGAGAUUGCAGACUCUGAGAACAUGAGUGUGUCCAUCACACUGUUCCGUCUGUUCCGUGUGAUGCGCCUGGUGAAGCUACUGAAUCGGUUUGAAGGAAUUCGAAACCUACUGUGGACCUUCAUCAAGUCCUUCCAGGCUCUACCAUAUGUAGCACUGCUCAUCGUCAUGCUCUUCUUUAUCUACGCUGUCAUAGGCAUGCAGGUGUUUGGGAAGAUUGCGCUGAUUGAUGGAACAGUGAUUAAUCGUAAUAAUAAUUUCCAGACAUUUCCACAAGCUGUGCUGCUCCUGUUCAGGUGUGCUACAGGGGAGGCGUGGCAGGAAGUGAUGUUGGGAUGUUUAUAUGGUCAGCGCUGUGACCCCAAAUCAGAUUAUCUGCCGGGGGAGGAGUUCACCUGCGGCUCAGGAUUCGCCGUCCUCUAUUUCAUGAGCUUCUAUAUGCUGUGUGCCUUCCUGAUCAUUAACCUUUUUGUGGCUGUCAUCAUGGAUAAUUUUGAUUAUCUGACACGUGAUUGGUCGAUCCUUGGGCUACAUCAUCUGGAUGAAUUUAAGAAAAUCUGGGCAGAAUAUGACCCCGAAGCCACGGGGCGUAUUAAACACCUGGAUGUUGUAACCCUGUUGAGGAGAAUUCAGCCUCCUCUGGGCUUUGGCAAGUUCUGCCCUCACCGCGUUGCCUGCAAGAGGUUGAUCUCCAUGAACAUGCCGUUAAACAGUGAUGGGACUGUGACAUUUAACGCCACACUGUUCGCACUCGUGCGCACAGGACUGCGCAUCAAAACUGAAGGAAAUUUCCAGCAGGCUAAUGAGGAGUUGCGAGCCAUCAUUAAGAAAAUCUGGAAGAGGACAAGCAUGAAGCUGCUGGACCAGGUCAUUCCACCCAUCGGAGAUGACGAGGUGACAGUAGGGAAGUUCUAUGCUACGUUCCUGAUCCAGGAGCAUUUCAGGAAGUUUAUAAAGCGACAGGAAGAAUAUUAUGGGUACAGACCAAACAAGAAUAAAAAAACCACCAAUGAAAUUCAGGCUGGCUUGAGGAGUAUUGAGGAAGAAGCAGCUCCCAAGCUGCAGAGAGCAAUUUCUGGGGAUCUGAUGGAUGACGAUGAGAUGGAGAGGGUGAUGGACGAAGCAGCAGAACAUGCAAUUUACAGGCGUGCAGGCGGCCUGUUCGGGAAUCACGUGGACUCUUUCUCACUGCAGUGUGGAGGAGCUGCUCACACUCAGGUUGUGAGUCAGCGUCCACUACAGAUCAGUGACACCAGAGCACAGGACACUGACGCAGCACCUCCAGUCACUAUACACAACUACACACAAUACAAUUACACACAAUACACAAACAAUAACAACAACAGCACACAAAGUGAAAUCCAUUUCCCAGCAUGCACUAGUCAGGACGUACAGGGCCCAGUGAGUGCUACAGGUCUGCUCAUCCAGGAGGUGUUGGACGCAGGGGGCGUGGCUUGUCUCGCUGCUGAUCAUCACUUUGUUAGUGUGAUGAAGGAGGAAAUGGCUGCAGCUCUGCAUAUAAACAUGCAAGAAAUCGAGAGAAAAGCAGCAACCAUGUUGAACACACCUGCAAGGAGAAAAGCCACGUCCCUUUCCAGGUGUUCUGAUGUCUCAUACGUUCAUGUGUGAAAAUUAUUAUCAGUGUCAAAACAGACGAGUUUCUGUAUUAUUUAAAUAAGUAAUUAAUGCUUAUGAAAUUUGAUUCUAUUAGAUAACAAUAUACAGUAAGGAAUAAAUCUAGAGUGUAUUUUUGUCAGUUUUGUGUGUGUGUGUGUGUGUGUGUGUGAGAGAGACAGAGAGAGAGAGAGAGAGAGAGAGAGAGAGUGUGUGUCAUCACCUGUGUUGCUGUUUCUGGCACUAAAACCUUGUGAGUUCCAAUGCCAACAAAUCUUUAAUACAUUAGAUUUUUCUUCUUCUUCUCCUCCUCCUCAUCAUCACAGACUGUGACACUCGGCUCAGUCUCAUUCUCCUAAAUGUAAAUGUAGUUUUUUCCUCUUUCACAGUUUAUUAGUUUACAUAUC